AUGUUUGUUAGAGGGAUAGGAGAAGAGGAGAAGAGAGAAGAGAGGGCACCACUAGAAUGGGAUACAACUUUGGAAUUAAUAAUCAGGUCGCUUGGUUAUUCAAACAUUCAUAGACAACCCGCAGUGAAAGCGGGAGAUCUACACAAGGUAACAGACGAUGAAUACAUAUUGAUUAUUAUUGUUGGGUGCUACCAUCAUUCAUUAAGAUACUUCGUACAAAAAGAGAAGAGGGAGGUGUCAAUGGGUGGUUUUGUGUUCAUUUCAAAAUAA